UAAUAUUUAUUUAUUGUAUAUGUAUGUGUAUGUCAAUAACGUUUUUAUAAAACUCGUGACGAAUUCUGACCGAUCGUCUUCACCAGUAUAGUAUUUUAGCUCAUGCUCUGACGUUUCUCGGGAGUUGACCGUCAUAUAUAUAUAUGUAUAUAUAUGUAUAUUAAAUAUAUAUAAGUAACGAAACAACAGCUGUUUCAUUAGUUAUUGGCUACGUAGUGAUUUUUAAUCGGUAUAUUUUUUAUUAAACUUUUGGGCUCUGUCCUGUCAAAUGUGACAGCAACUGUCAAAGUUAACACGCGUUAUUUUUUACACGGAUAACGGUUAUUUUGUUGGGUACUCGCGUUUAUUUUAUUCGAAGGAUCAUUUGUCAUUUAUUUAAAAUUGGUAACAACUGUUUGGAUUUAUUUACCGAAUCGUAAAAAGUUUAUGGGAUUGUAGAGAAAUUUUUGAAAAAUUGUCUGAUUUUUUAGCACAAAUAAAAGUUUAAGAUGUCGGUACUGAAUUUGAGUGGCGAUGAUGCUGUUGAGUGUCCAUUGUGCAUGGAGCCAUUGGAAGUUGAUGAUUUAAAUUUUUUUCCGUGCACGUGCGGCUAUCAAAUUUGUCGAUUCUGUUGGCAUAGAAUUCGUACUGAUGAAAAUGGAUUGUGUCCAGCUUGUAGGAAGGCCUAUUCGGAAAACCCCGCUGACUUUAAGCCCCUUACAAAAGAAGAAAUUUCAAGGUUAAAGGCUGAAAAACGUUUAAAAGAUCAACAACGAAAGCAACGAGUUACCGAAAAUCGUAAACAUCUAGCCAAUGUUAGAGUAGUUCAAAAAAAUUUGGUCUUUGUUGUUGGCUUGCCGAUGCGACUUGCUGAGGCCGAUGUACUGAAAAGGCACGAAUACUUUGGAAAAUUUGGUAAAAUUCACAAGGUCGUUAUAAAUCAAAGUACUUCGUAUGCGGGUUCUCAAGGGCCUAGUGCAUCUGCUUACGUCACUUAUCAGCGUCAAGAGGACGCGCUACGUGCCAUCGAAGCCGUCAAUAAUAUCGUCGUGGACGGCCGGACAAUCAAGACAUCUCUCGGUACGACUAAGUAUUGUUCCCAUUUUAUGCGUAACCAGGCCUGUCCUAAGUCUGACUGUAUGUAUUUACACGACUUGGGUGAUCAGGAAGCAUCAUUUACUAAAGAAGAAAUGCACCAGGGUAAACAUCAAGACUAUGAACGUAAAUUAGUCCAAGCUCUCCAUGCUCAAACAUCCACGCCAUUAAAUCGGAAACCAAUUUCACCACCAGUUGGGAAUUCAAUUCGCGAGAAUGGCAGCACGUCUAUCACAACUCAAAUAAAAGAAGCCUGGCCGUCGUUACAACCUGGCCAGCCACCGCAAACUCUAACUCUGACUAAGGAUUCAUCAGCACAAGUAAUAGACCAUCAGCAGCAGCAGCUUCAGUCACAAUCAAAUGACACGAGUAUUAAUACAAAUAGUAAAUCAUUACCGUCACACAGUAAUGGUACGUCGCAGCAACAAAAUAAUAAUAAUAAAGGUGAAUCUGGUAGUAUAACGACGGAAAAAGGUUCUAGUUCACGUCGCGGUAAGAGUAAUAGUGAAAGUAAAGCGCAAGCUGCUAGAAAUAAACACAAAAAUAAUCAGAAUAAAGAAAAACACGGCGCUGUCACCGGUACACGUACGACAUCACGAUCUGAAUCGAGUAAUUCGUCAAAUAGUAAUUCAAAUGGCGCAAACACAACUCAGUCACACACUCACACGAUCGAUAAUUCCCAUCUAAAUGGGCAAAAAUUAGUUAAAAAUUACAGCAACGACAUGAUAAAUGGACAGGAACAGCAAACGUCCAGGUGUAAAAAAAAUAAUACCGAGCAACAGAAUAUUUACAAGGACAAGGACAAUGAUAAUGAUAACGACAAUGACAAUGAAAUUGAUAAUGAUAUUGCCAAUGAAAUAGAUAAUGAAAUUGAAAUAGAUAACGAUCAACGACAGAUAAACGUCAAUAGUUCAACAACGAAAGAAUUGGAGGAAUCAUUGUGUGAAAUGAAAUUAAACGGUAUUGACAAUGGAAUUGGUGGUAACAGUUGUGGUAAUUCUGAAAGUGACAGUGAGUUACUGAGAGAAGGCAGCACACCAGCAAGUACUGCUUCAAGUACCAGUACUUCUGAUGACUUGGGAUUGAUAAAUAUAAGUACUGAUAGACUUAUUGUUGAUGCUAAUGUUUCUGAUGAUAAUGAUGAGUCUGAUUUAAUAAGCGAUCCAUCGCCAAUUAUCGGUACGAAUUUAAAUUUAAGCACUACCAGUCAAGUUGCACCACCCGGUCUUUAUAAUAGUAAUAAUAAUAAUAAUCAUAUUAAUAAUAAUAAUAAUAUUAGCAAUAAUAUUAUCAAUAGUAGUAGUAGUACGACAAUGAAUGGUACACAAGCACAAGUCAAUCAUAGAUCAAUUUUCCAGACAGACAACAAUAGUUUCUUCAGUUCAAAUACAUUUCAAAAAUUACCACCCAGUGUUAUGUCACUGACAUCAAACUCACAAACGACACCCUCGAAUACUAUUGACUGGACAACGACAUCAACAACGGCCACGUGCUUGGCACCUAUUCCAGAUUCAUUGCCGUCAGUUCACUCGAGCGAAGACUGGCAAGCGGCAUUUGGGUUCCCUGUUGAUAAAUGUCGAACCAAUAAUUUAAAUAACCAUCAGCAUCAACAUCAGCAUCAUCGUCAUCGUACAUUAAGUCCUGCAUCUUCUUCGUCGUCACCCAGUGUCGUGCCGUUCAAUACCGAGAGUUUGCUGAGUGACGAGGACUAUCUUGACACUCAGUACUCAACGACACAGUCCUCUAAAUUACACAGUAAUUACAUCAGAGAUCACAGUAGUGCACUUAUCAAUCCAACACCAGCCUCGAAAUUUAUGGCGGACUUUCAGCAAAAUUCGUGUCAGCAGAGACUGCUGAUGCAGGCACAACAGAAUCAAGAAAACUGUCAGUAUAUUAAGCAAAAUGGUCAUACUUUGGACAGCACGAUAUUGAUAAAAAAGGACAUGGUUGAUAUGAAGCCGGAGGAUGAUCUAGGAUUUGAUCCAUUUGAUGAAAUCCAGAAGGGUCUCGCAGAGCUUAUGGAAAAUGAAGCUCAGGUUCAGCAGCAAAGACAAUUUCAACAGCAGCAGCAACACCAGCACCAGCAUUUACACCAGAGGAGAGACGAACUCACAAGAGGAUUACAGCAUCAAGGCUUUCCUGCUCCGAGUUUAGCUCCCCCUCACUUUUCUCAGGUUGCACACUUGGCUCAUCUACAACAGCAGGCACAUCAUCUGCAAAAUCUUCAAGUACUACAACAAUCGCACACAAUAUUAUCACGUCUUCCACAGAUGCUUCAACAACAGCCGACAAAUAAUGUUCAGACAACAGCACAGCCGACAAUGUCUGUCGGUGGUAGCAAUAAUAGUCUAGGUGGUCAACGCAGUCGUUUACCACCACCAGGAUUUCCCAGCUCAACUCCUAACCAUAUGAAUUCAUUUGGUUUGGGAAUACCACGAGUUGCACCCACUACUAAUUCACUGGGUACUCAACCACCGCAACAGACAUCUUAUCUUCCCAAUGGUGUAAAUAAAUGUGUGAGUGAUGCAGUAUAUGGUCUGAAAGAUUGGUGUGAUAUAACUCAGCAACAAUCAGCACAUACACAGACCCACCAGCCGUUUCAUCAUCACCAGCAACAGCAGCAGCAGCAACAACUUCACCAGAAAAGUAGCUGGAAUAAUUUAGGACCAAUAACAGACUGGACAACAAUUGAUCCUGCUAUUGUAAGCUCGUCGAGACCUUUACAAUUUCAAGCGGCAAGCACGUGGCAAUUUUCACGAUUCCAUCCUACUAUUCACAACGGGCCGCACAAUACGCAACAGGAAACAGAUCCACCAGUACAACACUGGGCAAUGCAACCACCACCAGGAUUCGGUGGUCCAGCAUCAAGUGGACAAUUAAAUGGACCGGCACAAUCAAGCACAGCUGCACAACCGCACAGUAAACUUAUUUCUGCAGGGUCAGAAAUAGAAAAUUGAUAAAUUUAUUUGCCAACAACGAGACUGUUGUGUGUGAUACGUCAUUAAUAUUAAAUAUUGGAAUGAGCCUUUGAAUUUUUAAAUAAAAAAUUCAAAUGGGACUGCGAUAUUAAAUCAAGAUUUACAAGAUUAUUUUAUCUAAUCGCACCCAAGGCUGACUUAGCACCCGAUCUGCAUAAUUUUUAAUUCUCCUCUCUACUAAAUAAAUUUAAAUAAAAAUUUAUUAUUAAUAUUAAACAUUAAAAAACAAACAAAGAUACGUUACGAUUAAAUAUUCACGCGGUUUCUAAUUAUUUUUAUCGUGUAUUAUUAUAAGUAGAUGAUUAAACGCGAGUACUUUAUUUUAUUUAUAAUAAAACUUAUUUUCUAUCACGUGAUUAUUUAUAUACUUAGAGGAAAAAAGAAAUUUAUUGAACACAUUUGCUUAUAUAUCUUUUCACUUAAUGAUAAAAUUAAAAUAUUAAACAGUAGUUGAUUAAUAUAAUUAAUUAAUUAAAUUAAUUAUUCACGUGAUGGAAUUGCAAUAUUUAAAUAAAUAAUUAAUAAAAUUAGCAGCGAGUACGCGUGCCUAAUUCGUGACUAAUCUCUAAAUAGAGACAGAGAAAAAAUUAUAAUAGAAAGAAAUAUGAAAAAUAUGUAAAAUAAAUACUCGGCGAAUUUAAUUUAAUAGAUAAAAUAUUUGAAAAUAUCAGCAGUUUGUUUGGCAAUUUGUCCUUUGGUUUUUUUUAAAAAGAGAAAAAAAAUAAACAAAUAAGACGUCAUGUCUCACACAACAAGACUUUGUAAAAUAAUAAAAAAAAAAAAUCAAGAUUAAUGAGGGAGAUAAAAGAAAUAUGAAAGGAUAAAAAAAUGAUAUAAAUUUGUGUACAAGUAUUUGCGAUAAGGUGCAAUAAAAAGCACUUGAACUAAACUACUAAUUAAUAAUCGCAACUAACGAUACAACGUGUAAUUUUUGCGAGUAAUCUCGAAGCGUUUUAACGAGGUUUACUUGGCAUUGAAACAAACAGAUUUGAAAAUUAAAUAAAUAAAAAACGUUCACUGCGAUAUACUGGUGAAAAUAUAAAUAUAUAUAUAAAUAGGUUUAAUUAUUAAUUAUUAUUAUUAU